AUGCACCUGGUGGCGGCCAAUGACCUCAUCAGCUUCCUUAAAAGGGAGGUGCACAGAGUGCCUGCAUCAAAGGAAGAGGUCAUGGCUGCUGCGGUGAAGGAAGCGCGUACGGAAAUGGCUGCCAAGUUCGGGGAGGUGCUAGAGGGCGUGAAGGAUGAGUUCAGGAGGAAAGAGGCAGAGAUCACACCGGAGAAUCUGGAUUCAUGA